UAUGACGUCAGCACGGUUGCGGGGUGAUGCUGUCACCAUGGCGGCAGCGCGCGGCCCCAGGAUGGAGCCAUGAUGCCCGGCAAGAAGAAGAAGCGGCUUCACCGCAGUAUUAUGCUGGCCAAGAAGAUUAUCAUUAAAGACGGAGGGACGCCUCAAGGAAUAGGUGCACCAAGUGUAUACCAUGCUGCGAUAGUAAUAUUUCUGGAGUUCUUUGCUUGGGGUCUGCUGACUGCACCGACACUGGUGGUCUUGCAUGAGACAUUUCCCAAGCAUACAUUUUUGAUGAAUGGUUUAAUUCAGGGAGUAAAGGGAUUACUAUCAUUCCUGAGUGCACCACUGAUAGGUGCACUUUCAGAUGUGUGGGGGCGGAAGUCUUUUCUGUUGCUUACUGUCUUUUUCACCUGCGCUCCUAUUCCUUUAAUGAAGAUUAGUCCAUGGUGGUAUUUUGCUGUUAUCUCUGUGUCCGGGGUGUUUGCUGUGACCUUCUCUGUGGUAUUUGCUUAUGUGGCUGAUAUAACCCAGGAACAUGAAAGAAGUAUGGCCUAUGGACUGGUUUCAGCCACAUUUGCUGCAAGCUUGGUUACCAGCCCAGCCAUUGGUGCGUAUCUUGGUCGAAUUUAUGGGGACAGUCUUGUGGUUAUUCUCGCUACGGCAAUUGCUCUUCUGGAUAUCUGCUUUAUAUUGGUGGCUUUACCAGAAUCUCUCCCUGAAAAAAUGCGACCUGCCUCUUGGGGAGCACCCAUCUCCUGGGAGCAAGCUGACCCAUUUGCAUCCCUCAAGAAGGUUGGCCAAGAUUCAACAGUUCUACUUAUCUGCAUUACAGUUUUCCUCUCCUACCUGCCAGAGGCAGGCCAGUAUUCCAGCUUUUUUCUUUACCUCAGACAGGUCAUGAAAUUUUCAUCAGAAAGUGUAAUGGCCUUUAUAGCUGUCCUUGGAAUCCUGUCCAUUAUUGCGCAAACAGCAGUCCUGAGUUUGCUGAUGAGAUCCAUUGGGAACAAAAACACUAUUCUGCUUGGUUUGGGAUUCCAGAUGUUACAGUUGGCUUGGUAUGGCUUUGGCUCUGAGCCUUGGAUGAUGUGGGCAGCAGGAGCAGUGGCAGCCAUGUCCAGCAUUACUUUUCCAGCUGUGAGUGCAUUGGUGUCGAGGAAUGCUGAUCCAGAUCAACAAGGUGUUGUUCAAGGAAUGGUCACAGGAAUUCGAGGACUGUGUAAUGGCCUAGGGCCAGCUCUCUAUGGAUUUAUAUUCUAUAUUUUUCACGUGGAACUAAAUGAAGUACCAGAGAAUGAAGCUGGGUCACCUGACAGUAGGAAGGCAGAUAGUCAUUCUCAGCAGGGUUCGAUAAUUCCUGGACCACCAUUCUUAUUUGGAGCAUGCUCGGUAUUGCUGGCUUUGCUUGUUGCCUUGUUCAUCCCGGAAUAUAGAAACAUGUCUCUAAGAUCUAGCAACUGGAAGAAACACACUAGUAGCCAUGGCCAUCCACACAGUCCACAGGUCCCUGCUGACGCCAAAGAACCUCUACUUCAGGACACAAGUGUAUGACAACAGGAUGUAGUUUGUUCCAGUACCCACAGUGACUUCUGAUGAACACUGAAAACAAACUGUACAGGGUACAGUCUUUAAAAAAAACCUCAGAUUGUGGUGUUGACCUAUCAAACAAUCCAGGAAUCUGGGCAUUGCCACUCAGGAUUGUGUUGAUCCCUUCAAGAUGACAAACUUGUUGCAGAAAUGCAAAUAUAUCAGGAGGUCUACAUAAUAGAAUUGAACAAACUUUCAAGAAACAGAUUGUACAAGUAUUUACUAAAAAGCUUCCCAGGGAUUGUUUUAUUGAGGAUUUCUGACGUGAUGCUACUCCAAGACCCUGUGACAUGGCUGAAAGUUCAUUUUUGCCACAUAAAGAAAAUCAUCAUUAAACACUUAGUGUAGUUCUGCUUUAUUUAAAGAUGUAAUGAAUAUUAGCAAUUGAUAUAGAUCUAAAACUGUGGUCAGUCCAUACCUCUAUGUUGGAGGUGUUUUGCUCUAUAUGGGUCUGGAAUUACCCUAUGUCCCAGUGGGACAGAUGAGGAGAAUUUGUGCAGCAUCCAUUUUGAGCAUUUUUGUGGAAGCCAGGGUGGUUAGAUAUUCAUGCCUUAAAUGUUGUAGAAGCACUUGAAAAAUUGAAAGCUGGUUGCCAGUUUAUCUGCAAGAAAAAGUAUUCAAGGCAGCAUGAUAAUUAAGAUAUAAAUUCAAAACAUUGCAUGUGGUAUUUUCUUUCUAGUAUUUACACAAGAUGUCACAUCAAAUGAAUUUUUAAGCUAGCUUUGAGAGUUCAUCUAUUUCAUUCAGACCCUUCAUUUCAAGUAUCAUGUUAAUGAGAAUAUUUCAGUCUGGGAUUGGUGCUGGAAUGCCUUGCUGACAUAGACAGUGAAAUGUGUUCUCCAUUUCAAUUUUCUCAGCCAGCUAGCCUAAAAGGCAGUUUGUCUUAAAAAUGCUAGUAGUUUUGAAUGUUUACCAGCAGCACUAUUACUGAUGGGUUUUGCCAUUUAAAUACAAACAUUUUUAAUGCCACCCUUUUUAUGCCUUUUGAACUUUUGUUUUCUAUACUUUUUUAUAGCUGUUGUAAUGAGUGAUAUUUAUUUAACUUCAGACCAAGUUGUAUUGAUCAAAACAUGUAAUUUUAAACAUACAGCCUUGAAAAUGACAUUGUUUUGUAUGUCAAAAUGUCCUCUUAAUUUAGUGGCCUUUAGCAAUAUGAUCCAUUUUGUGGUAAAUAAAGUUAAUCACAGUACCAAAUUUGCAACAGUGGCAGACAUCAACUUUCUUAAAUUGUCUGUGUGGUUAUUUGAAAUGUAACAAAAACAUUGUAUUGCUUUGUAUGAAAUAAUGUCAAUACCUUUAUAAAGUAGCUCCUGAAAAAUUAAUUAUUCCAUUGUGGUGUUAUUUUGCUUAAUGCCUUGUUUUAUUUGGAUCUGGUGACCAUAAGAUAAAUAAGCUCAACAAAAUAUGUCAUUGUUAUUUAGUUUAAUAAAGCUAAAUAUUUUAAGUUAA